AUGAAAAUAAAUUCCACAUAUUCUGAGUAAUGUAAGAAUGAUUCAACCUUAAAAAAUACUAAAAUGGAAGAUCAUAAACAAGAUUAAAAUAAUCGAGUGUAUAAAUAUGAAGAGGAAUAUUUUAAAAAGAAAGAAAAAAGAAAUCGUAAAUUUUUUUUGAAGAGAUCUAUUUCUUUAUUAUAGAUUUGUAAAUAAAGCGGCAAGAUAGAAUUUUAAAUUGGGUCAGAUUUCCUACACAUUGAGAUUAUGUAAGGAGGUCAUUUUCCUCUUAAUUAAUAUAAUUUAAAAGAUAUUCGCUCUGAGGUUUAUCAAAAUGAUUCAGAGUUUUAAUCAUCUAAUAUAAAUUGUAGCUUAGAAUGUGCUUCUAAAUGUAUUUUAAAGAAAUAUCGAAAACAGCAAUAAGAACAAAAUUACAAAUCUUUCUCAUAAAUUUAAUAAUAAUUCAAAGAAAUAAAUACAUUCUGUUCGAAUAUUAAGAAGAAAAAUAGUAAAAAUUGUUUGAUUGAUUCUCAAAAAUUGGAUGCUGUUUUGAUCAACUAAAAUAAUUAGAUUGAUUAAGCUAUUCAAGAAGCCAAAAUAAUUUUAAUUGAAUAGCAUUAAGCUAUAAAAAACAUUCUAUAAUGUUGA